CAAAAGUGCCCAAUUUUUAAAGAAAAUCAUGGAAAACCAUUACAUAUGGCAGUGUGGCAACUCUAAGCGCGAACAGCUGAUGAAGAACGAAGAAACGUUUUUGUUAUGUACGCGUUGCGAAUUCUUAUCUUUUAUCGGCAAAUCCGUGUGUUUGUUUAAAAUAAAUAACACCCAUCACUUAUCGGCUAUAAAGCGCACUAUCAUGUUGUGAUUAAUUUGUGUUAGACCAGCAAUGGAUGCCAUGUCCAACGUAUCCGUACAUCCGCUGACAAGCGAUCCAACAGCCGCAUGGAAUGAGAUCAGCAAAACGCAGCGCGUCAUCAAAGUGGUGAUGAAGCCACCCACCACAACGGUGGCACCCAACAAGGCUCGAGUCGUCUGUAUGUCCGACACCCACUCAUUGACUCCGUACAUCAAAUUCGAUAUUCCCGAUGGCGACAUUUUCAUUCAUGCCGGCGACUUCACCAAGUGCGGCCAACUGCAGGAGGUGGUGGAGUUCAACAACUGGAUUGGCGCUUUGCCCCACAAGCAUAAGAUUGUCAUUGCUGGCAAUCAUGAGCUGAGCUUUGAUCGUACUUUUACGCAUCCCUUUCAGAAUCAGGGCAAGCAUGCACAUGGCGAACGCUCCAAAACCACCGGACUGACCAUACUGGAUGACUUGCCCACGCUGGGCAACGACAAGCAGAGCAUGGAGAGUGCCGUGCAGACGCCCAACAUACGCGAGGCCUUAACCAAUUGUACUUACCUGGAGGAUGAGCUCCUCGAGCUGUGGGGCGUGCGCAUUUACGGAUCUCCGUGGCAACCCGAGUUCUGUCGCUGGGCUUUCAAUGUUCCGCGCGGCACCGCUUGCCUUGACAAAUGGAAUCAAAUACCCGCUGGCGUCGAUAUACUCGUCACACACACUCCGCCCGUGGGUCAUGGAGAUCUUUGUUGCUCGGGAGUGCGCGCUGGAUGCGUGGAACUGUUGAGCACGGUGCAGCAACGGGUUCGUCCCAAAUACCAUGUGUUUGGGCAUGUGCACGAGGGUUAUGGCAUCACCAGCGAUGGCCGGAUCAUCUAUGUGAAUGCCUCCACUUGCGAUAUCAACUAUUUGCCCAACAAUGCCCCGAUUGUGUUCGAUGUAACGUUGCCGCCAGGCGUCAGCAAGGAUUAAUUGUGCAUUUCGGACAGCAUUUUACACUUUUAAGUUGCCAUUACGAGGAAAUCAGGAAUUUACUUUACUACUUCUACAACAAUUUAAAUUAUAUUAAUUUAUUGUACCCAUUUUUCGAUGUACCCACAGAAUGCUCAUUAAACAAUCACAAAAUGUCCUGUUUUAAGUUUCAA